CACGUGCCUAUGCGAGCUGAAAAAUGGAGUCUUUGAAAGGCCCCCUCACCUUUUUCUUUCCUGGAGACUGCUACGAAGAGGUUGUCGUCAACUACAAUAUCUUUGACGGGCAAUGUCUAAAAUUGUUCAACAGUCGUCUACUAAGCCUGGGCAUCAUUCUAGGCUCAGUGCUAGGAAUCCCAGUGUUUGGUCUCAUUUCCAUGACAGAGAACCAUAAACGGCUGCAGCAAUUACAGCGCGUCAGGACUGAAACCCCCCACGUAAUUAAUCGCGUCAGGACUGAAACCCCCCACUCCGUAAAGAACUCUCCAAUAAUCCGGGGCCGUGUGUCGUGUCUUCCAGUCAAGGUGCCGCAGAUAUUGAAGUGUGUGAAGGCAGGUUCAGUGGAGAACCUGAGCUACUUGGCUACCUUUCUUGAACUGGCUGCCGCUACCUUUACAUGCGCAUACAACCACCACAAGGGAUUUGCAUUUAGUUCAUGGGGAGAGAGCUUUUUCAUAGCGAUCCAAGUGGUGGUUCUUCUUGCUCUGAUGUUUGUCUACGACAAGCAGACCGUCUAUCUCCUGGUGUUCCUGCCUUGCUUUGCCGGCGUCAUCCUGUACCUCGUGUCGGGUCUUGCAACCCCUAAUGCUCUGAGCAUGCUGCAGACCUCAGUCAUCCCCAUGAUGCUACUCAGUAGGUUGUCGCAGAUUGUUACGACGUUCAAAAACGGAGCCACGGGGCAGCUGUCCCUCAUCACGUGCACGAUGAACUGGCUGGGCACGGGGGCCCGAAUUUUCACGACGCUCCAGGAAACGCAGGACCCUAUCAUCCUUGCCACGUUCACCUCCUCUUUCCUCAUGAACACUAUCAUCCUGGCACAGUUUGCCUGCUACCCUGCACUGCCUCCCAAGCCGGCCAAGAAAGAAAGCUAGCGAUUCCGAGAUUAGGUUUGAGUUUCCACGCUCACAAUAGUAUCACCAAGUACAGUAGUACUUAGUAUAUUGGGAUGUGCAAUGUAUAUACAUAAUUAUAUAGCAUCAUUGCUUUUAAUAUGAAGUUUUGUUCUUGGUUAACACACACAUGCACACAACACAAGUUGGUCUAUUCACGGUUAAUUCUCUUGACAAUGUAGAUCUUCUGGUUCCAAACACUUGCUACCAGUGAGUGAUGCCUGUACGUAACUGAGACCCGAUGAAAUGCUCCCUUCCCCUCUCCUGAUAUGGUCCCCAGCAGCUUGCUGGAGCUCUUGACAAUCUGGAGCAUUAUUGCCGCCGUGUGUUCAUCGUUCUGGAGCUCACCUGCCGACUAAGACACUGACAAUCACAAAUUGAGACUCUCUUAGAGCUACUGGAUCCUCUCUAAUACGGACACAAAUGGGACAAUAGGGAACCGCCCCUAUUGUUAGUGAGGUGUCCUUAUUUCAAGGGUGAAAUUGCAUGGUUUUAAAAUGGCAUACUUGCCACCACUGCAAUAGCUCUUCUAACGUGUUAUUAGAGAGGUAUCUUCAUUUCAGGGAUGUAUAUAUUUAGAGAGGA